CUUAGGCUAGCGUGGCUCAAGUAAUUUUAAUACCAGAAGUCUUUACGUUAUUGGUUGCAGUGCAAUAACUUUCCUGCCUCAUGUAUCAGUAGUAUCAUUACCCGUGUUGAUAAUAUGCUCUUCUAUAGUCAGCCAGAGGAAGUCUGAAUCCAUGGAAUAUUGAGAAAGCAAAAAAUUUUGGGUUGACAGCAGCACCUGUUGCUGUAAACCGAAUUAUUGAACUACCGCUUAACGCACCAGGGUGUUACAUACCUUUCCGUUAUACCGGCCAAAAGAAUUUUACAAGAAUGCAAACCAUUGAGCCUCCGUUAGUUCAGCAAGAUGCCAACCAUGCCGAGAGCACAGUUGGAAAGGAAGACACCAUGAAGAAUCUCGAACAGAAACUACGGCACACCGUCCUCCAGCCUGAGCCAGUGAUACCUGAAAAUAAUCUAGAUAGCGAAACAAACGGCUUCUCGCAAAAAUUAGACCCUAUGCUAGACUCGCAAAGUUCAACACCCAUCUCCGAUACAACGCCAGCAGCGGUGGGUCAAGAAAUACCCGCAGGAGAAACUACGCAGGGACUUACAGAAGUACUGGAACCUAGGUCGGUACAACAAACAAUAGACACGCGUAUAGAUCAAAUUGAAGCCAAUGAUAUACCAGAUGAGGGCCUGGCAAAGGAAGUGCGAGAAGAACAGGUGCAUACCGAGGAGGGUACGUCACCAAUGGAACCUCAACCUCUAGCUUUGGUACAGGAGGUAGACGAGUAUUUAUUAAAGGAAAUCGAUUGGAUCGAUCCAAACACAGGAGCUGAGAAACGAGUGAAAAUCAUAACACAAAACAAGAAUGGGCCCUGCCCACUAGUUGCUAUCAGUAACGUUUUACUCCUGAGGGGAGAUAUUGAAGUAACCCCGUUUGGCCGUCCAUCGGUGACGUUUGAAUAUAUCGCUAGUCAAUUAGGAAAUUACUUGCUCAGUCGUGCACCUAGUGCUCCCAAGUCUCCUACGGAAGAAGUGGAUGAAAUCGGCAAUUUGCAACAAACCAGCGAGGCAUUGCCUGAUGGACCACAACGACGAAGAUCGGCUGAUUACUUUAUGGAUUAUCGCUAUAAUUUGAACAGUGCACUCUCCAUGAUACCAAACCUUCAGUCCGGGUUAGACAUCAAUGUUUAUUUUAAUUCAAUUAAUGGGUUCGAACCAACUGCCGAACUGGCAUUGUUCGAUCUGUUCGAUGUGGACCUUGUACACGGGUGGGUAGUGGAUUCGGAGGACAAGGAGACACAAAAAAUUGUGGUCAAUCGCUGCGGGUCUUAUAAUGCUGCGGUUGAAUGCGUCAUCUCUAGUGAUAUUGCAAGUCGCCAUGAUAAUUCCAGCUUAUCAGAACAGGACAGAACAGAAUUGAUUCACGCCGGGCUUGUCGUUUCACAGUUUUUGGAAUCCAACGCUACUCAGCUGACUUAUCAUGGCCUACAACUUCUCAUGGAUUCCAUUCCAAGGGGGAAGCUUAGCGUACUCUUUCGUAAUAAUCAUUUUUACACGCUGUACAAACACCCUGACUUGGAGCUGCUGUAUACGUUAGUCACAGAUAGCGGAUUUGCUUACGAAAGGGCUCUUGUGUGGGAAAGUCUUCAAGACGUUGAUCAAGCUCUGGCCGCGUUUUAUGACAGUUGGUUCUGUCCCAGCCAUGAGAAUUCGCAUGGUCUACAGGACGGUGUAGGUUCUAGCUCAGAAGAUCAGCCACAAGCCUCUAUAACACAACAACAGAAGGAUCUGGAUUACGCUUUGGCGCUGAGCCUGAAGGAACAUCAUCCACCCACUUCAGAUGAUCAACCAGUGCGGGCUCCCAGAAAGCGGGCGAAGAGGCCCGCCAGCUGCAUUGUGUCUUGAUAUUGGUCACCAACUAGUUGGUAGACUUUUCCGUAUAUGGCAAUCAUCUUAAAAUUUUGACUUUUAGGCAGUCUCACACCCCGACACAAGGGCAAAAAGUAGGAGCCUGGAAUCCUGCCGACCCGGUGAUUCUUCUAAAACGUCUAAAGCUGUGUCAAGUGGGAGACAGAAAAUCUAGAUGAUUCUAUAAGAAAAUAAAAUGAAACAACGCCUUUACUCUUUCUUUUCUCUAUUAGGAGAAUUGGAGGAUUUUAAAUCGGGUUUUAUUUUUAUA